GAACAAAUUAUGGCUUUGAGAACAAUCAAUUAUGAGGCACUUAACCACUGGGAAUACCGCCUUCGAUAUUCACGGGCGUUUGCAACAUCGGGUGAAAUCCACUCAGAGAAAUAUAAUGAUGACGUUUACGAAUACAAGCACGUAAUACUUACUCGCGAGCAAUAUACCAUAUAUCGCCAGGCAUUAGAGCAAAAUGGUUGUAAACUCUUAUCUGAAGAAUUCAUUGUAGUAGCACUAGGAAUAAGGCAAACUCCUGGGUGGCAACAUUAUUAUGUGUACCCACCCAAUCCGCAAGUCCUCUGUCUUAGACGCAAAAUAAACAGUGUACUGAUUAAGAAAACAUAAUACUAUUAU